GGGGGGGUGCCCGGGGGGCGGGCGGUGAUGGCCCCGGGGCCUCCCCGCCGCUCAAAUAGCCGCCGCCGCCGCCGCGCCCGGCAGUGGAGCCGGCACGGCCGCCCCCCGCCAUGGUGACGGCGGCGAGCGGGCGGCGCGGCGACACCCCGCAGCGGCGGGGCCCCGGCGGCUGCCCCGGCCGCUGCCCCCGGCGCCCGGCACGGCGGCGGCGCACGGGGACGGGGACGGCGGCCGCGGCGGCGGCGGCGGCGGCGGUGGGGGAGAGCCCGCAGGAGCUGCAGGCUUUCCGCGACUACGGGGAGAGCUGGUACCGCUCUCGCAAGGGGCUGGAGAGCCGCUUCCAGCCGCGGGAGCCGCUCGCCCGGCAGCCGCAGGUGACGGCGGAGGCGCGCUGCAAGCUGGUCAGCUGGCUCAUCCCCGUGCACCGGCACUUCGGGCUCUCCUUCGAGGCGCUCUGCCUGGCCGUCAACACCCUCGACCGCUUCCUCGCCACCACCCCCGUGGCCGCCGAUUGCUUCCAGCUCCUGGGGGUGACGGCGCUGCUCAUCGCCUGCAAGCAGGUGGAGGUGCACCCCCCCAGCGUGAAGGAGCUCCUCGCCCUCUGCUGCGGCGCCUUCACCCGCCAGCAGCUCCGCAACCUGGAGUGCAUCGUCCUGCACCGCCUGGGCUUCGACCUGGCGGCGCCCACCGUCAGCUUCUUCCUGGAGCACUUCAGCCAGGUGCGGCUGGAGGCGCGGGGGGCCGACGCGGGGGAGGCGGCGGACGCCAGGAGCCUGGCGGGGGGCGUCGCGGAGCUCAGCCUGGCCGACUACGCCUUCACCAAAUACGCCCCCUCCCUGCUGGCCGCCGGCAGCCUGGGGCUGGCGGACCGGCUGCUGCGCCACCGCAGCCCCCUGGACCUGCGGGUCAGCGGCUACCCGGAGGGGCUGCUGCGGGACUGCAUGGACCGGCUGCAGCUCCUGGUGUCCCUGAACGGGCAGUCCCUGCCGCUCCUCCUGCCCCCGGCGGUGGCCCAGAAGUGCCCCUGGCUGCGGGGCGGCCGCUGA